AUGUCUACAUUAAAAUUGGAAGAAGGUUCGAAUAAUAUAGAAGAUUGUAAUAGUUUUUUUAAUAAAAACAAUUCAAAAUUUUUUCAAAAUAAUUCUUUCGAAAAGCUUGAAAAUGUCGGCUCGACUUUAUGUAGUAGAACUUAUAAAGUUUUUUCAACAAAAUGCAAUAAAAUAUUUAUUUUAAACAAGAUUCUUUUUUCUCAAAAAUAUACGCUUAAAGAUUUUAUUGCCGAUUUAAAUCAAUAUCAGAGAAUAGAACUACAUGCAAACAUUUUGAAAUUCGUUAGUAUUAUCGAACAAAGCACGAACAAAGCCAUGUUU